CUACGACGACAACGAGCAACACUGCCAGUCUGGAUCUAUCAUUUUAAAGGAGAAGCAGGCAAACGCAUCAGUGAAUCGCUGGUGCGCUGAUUUCGAGAGCUGCUGUUGAUUGAAGAUCGAUUAAACUGCUUGUUAUUAGUGUGGCUUAUACAGUGUUAGCUAUCAAUAGUGCAGCACCGACGGUGCCUUAAGUUCUGCCGGAGUUCGAUAAUAUCUUUAAAAACUCAUCUACCAAACCGUCACUGACAGCGAUGUCGGACACAGAAGCUGACGCACAUGGUAGCACUAACAAUGAUCGCGCUACUGUAGCAAACGGUUCGCAUUUGUUGCCUUCACAGAAGGUUCUCGAAGAAGAAGAAGCAGAAAGAUUGGCAGAAGAGGAACGCAAGCGUAACCGUGAGCCACCGAUUAUCUUCAACGAGGUCGAUCCCAAACUGGAAUUGGAGCGAUUGGUUGACUUCGUGGACGGGAAGCUAUCGGAGGAAGAGCAGGAAGCGGUCGAUCAGCUUCACCAAUAUCUUUUACUAGGCGAGGGUGCCUGGACAUUCGGAGAUUGUUUUCUCGUGUUCGUCGGACGCAUCUUCCGCGAUCAGCAGUGUUUCUCGACAGAUGUACGAGUUCAUUUAUUGCGAGCUUUGGCGAGUGCGGCGCUUAAGGAGGACAUCAUACUGCUCCUACACCAGGACCGGAAGGAACAUGUGUUGAUGAACUUUGCCCAGGAUAUCGAUCGCCAUCCACCCGAGGAACAGCAAUCGAUCGCACUGUUUAUGUGCAAUCUGUUCGAGAAUAACAACGCAUCUGAAUGGUUGCUGUACAUCUCGGAGUGGAACUACAACGGGCAGACGACAUCCAAUAUACGUGCCACUACGAAGGUGGCGGUGCAUUGUUUGCUAGCCACCUGUCCACGCCUACAAGACAUAGGUACUGCACUCGUGCACAACAUCGCCUGCAAAGAGGUGAAAACGGUAGUGUUUGACGAUGUAGCAGUGGAGAUCUCGAUGGCACUGCUACAGUUCUUCAAUAACUGCCCUACCGAAGAACAUUUGUUCCGCACGAUGAAGGCACUGGCAAAGUUUGUACAGGUCUCACCAGAUGUACCGCAGUUCGUGCAGAUGAUCGGUCCACAUCCGAAAAACUUUAAGGGCAAAAGUGAACGGAUUGAUGCUCUGAUCGAACAGAUCAGCAAGAAGGUCCGUUAGAUGCGCUUGCUCAUAUAUAAUCGCAGUAACCUGAUUGUCAACAGUACCGAGAGACUCGAUUAAAUUAUCAAACAUGCAAAUAAAUUGUAUUGCAGUGCAAAAGACAAAUCAG